AACGAGUGACUGACUGAGUGACUGCGUGAGCGAGUGACUGAGUAUCUGGGUCACCUAUCGAUCCUUUUUCGAUAUCCGAUUAGGGGAUUUGUUUUUUUUGCAAGCACGAAACAGCGCCUCCCCGUGUCAACUAACGACGAUAAACCUAGUUUGUAUGUAGUAUUUGAACAUAUUUCUUUUUUUUGUAAAUAAAAUUUUAAAAAAUUAUGUUUACCUCAAAUAACGACACAUUUUAAGUUACGUAAGUCGGCCACGUUAUACGACCGCUCCGUAUUUGCCUCAGCCGGUGGUGACGUUCAGCCGUUUAGGCCAAGACGAUGAUGAUUAUUAUAUCUUAAUACACUUACGAAAGGGGUUAGGGAGGGAUAGCAAUGUUUGUUUGUUUGUUUUAUUUGGCGGAUAAACAAAAUUGAAAAAAAAACAUUUUUUUUGCCGGUGCGACCCGUCUCUCGCCUAGCGCUUCGUGCGGGAAGCCUGCGCUAGGCCGCCGGCCAGGUGGAGGAGGAGGAGGCGCUCGUCGACUUUCGGAUCCUCGCCGCGCCUGGAAGCCGCAGCCUCUGGUGGUGGUGGUGGUGGUGGCGGUGGUGGCGGUGGUGGCGGUGGUGGCGGUGGUGGCGGUGGUGGUGGAGGAGCAGGAGGAGGUGGUGAACUUGGGACUUGCUCACGUGGUGAGCGGAUGGGCGUGAGGUGACGGAACGAGAGGCUCUACCCACCCGAGCGUGAGGGGCCAUGAUCCCCGUCACCGACCUGCGCUACUUUGCCGACACCCACCAGAGCUUCCGCGUGCUCAAGCCCUGGUGGGAUGUCUUCAUGGACUACACGGCCAUGGUCAUGAUGAUGAUCGCUGUGUUUGGCGGAACCCUGCAGGUCACCCAGGACAAGAUGAUCUGCCUGCCCUGCAAGCACUUUGAGGGCGACCGCUGCCUGGCGUCCAGGGCGGAUGUCCUGGCCGUGGUGUCGCUCAACGCCUCUCGGGAGGCCGCGGCCGCGGGCUCGUCCACCUCGUCGUCCACCGCGUCGUCCACCGCGUCGUCCACCUCGUCGUCCACCUCGUCGCAGGUGGCGGUGAGCGACAGAGGUGGCGUCGCCGUCACC